AUGGCUGGGAAUCUGUAUGUACCCACCGUUGUCUUCAUUAUAGCAAAUCCUGCCUGCCGGACCUCCGAUGCUUCGCUGAGCAACGGCAAGUUAGAAAGAGACCGAGUUGAUGCUGGCAAUUGUUACUAUGUUGGCCAAUGCAAUUGCAAAGGACAGAGCGAGCGAUUAGACUUCUCCAGGCAGGGGUUGAGCUACCCAAUUUGUCCCUCCAACCACCCGAAAACCAACCAGAAUAUCUGCAGCAGGGGGAGCAAGACACCUGCCGGCCGGCACGCACUUGCCACUUUGUCAGGCAAGGCCAGAGGAACUAAAGCGGCGGAAAGCAAAGGGAAGGGUCCCGGCCGGCCGGUGUCCAUGUCGAAGGUGACGGUGCUCAAGGUGGACACCUCCUGCGCCAAAUGCAAGCGCAAGGUCCUGCAGGCCGUCACCGGCCUCCACGGUGUUGACAAGGUCGAGGUGGACUCGGAGAAGAGCACGAUGACGGUGACGGGCACCGUGGACCCGGUGGACGUGAUCGUGCAGGCGAGGAAGGCCGGGAGGCGCGCGUCCGUGCUCACCAUCGGCCCGCCGCCCAAGCCGGCCGAGGAGAAGAAGCCCGCCGCCGAGCAGGAUAAGAAGAAGACGGCGGCGGACGCGGAGAAGAAGGCGCUGGAGACGCCGGCCACGGUGUUCGUCCACCACGUCCCGUCGUGGCCUUCGUGUCCCAGGUACCAGGAGAGAGUGGUGUACGAGCAGGACCCCCCGCCUUGCUCCAUCAUGUAAUGUAACUUAACUAACUGUGAGCCGGAUGACCGGAUCUGACCGUGGGUAUACAUCACUGCUUCCGCUUGCUCAUUUGGAACUUGGAACAGGCACAAGGUACAGGAACUUUGUAAGAUCUUGUUCUUGUAUAGAGUUCAGAAGAAACAAUUCAGCUUACUCAAGAUCAGGGUAUAAACUCUGAUUGCAUUAUUACUGCGUGAUGAGACAGAGUAGCAAGUAUGGUUCGUGGGUAUAUUACAGUCACCACACCAGUCUCGCACG